AUGUUAUUGAAUAGUUUAAGUAACAAUCAGAAAGCUCAACUUCGUAAUGCUUUUACGUUGAUUGAUGGGGAUUCUAAGGACAGUAAGAUCACAAAAGAUGAUUUAAUCAAUAUCCAUCAAACUUUGGGGAUGAAAAUUACCAGUAAAGAAGCAGAUAAAAUGUUAGACGGUGAUAGUAUAAAUUUUGCCCAAUUUUCCAACAUUAUGGCCGAACAAUUAUCAGUUUUAGAUGAUAGAGAAACCAUUUUCAAUGCAUUGAAAGUAUUUAGUGAAGGAUCUGAUGUUAAAGAUUUAAUUAUUGAUGUGGAACAAUUAAAAGAAUCGGUUUGUUCUACUCAAUUAGGAGAUAUUGGAUCAGGAGAUCAUAGAUUAUCAAGAUCAACAUUCGAUGGUUUAGUUAAAGGGUUUAUUAAAGAAACCAGUGACGGAAGAAAGUUGUUCAUGGCAUCUAACUGGUUAGAUGCUUAUGUAGACUAA